GGGUAACGUAUUUUCCAACCUCUUCGGUAACCUUCAACAUACAACGUCUCACGGUUGUCAAGCUCAAGAUAAAUUUGCUAGCCCCACCCUAACCUCUAAAAGAAAAGAACUAAAAGAAAAAAAUAGGUUUAGAAGCUCAAGGUAAAAAAAAAAAAAAGUUCAGACCGUAUGAACCAAUCCAAUGGGAUUUUUCAGCAAUAGAAAAACAAAACAAACUAGGAAAUAGAAACCUAGCUGAAGGCCAAGGAUUCAAUGGACAAGAAUAAAGAAUUAUGUGAGUUUGCCACAGCAUCUAUCGCUUCAGUACGACAAGUAAACUUCUACACAACCAGACGUCACAUGGUUAACAGCUGUGGGCCAUCAAGGACGGUUCUUUGUUAGGACAAGUGCAACGAGUUCGUCGGCACGUCAUUACACCACACCCUUUAUGCGAACGAACUACGAGCCAAGUGAAAGAGAACAAAAACGUGUUGGUCAGGUUAGUUUGCUUGCCCUCCUUUAUGGGAUUCGGGAGAGUGACAACGCUGCCAAAGACAAGCUCGCAGUGUUGUAUCUCGGUCCACACGUUUACCAUCGUCCGAGUAGAAGAGAUGGCUUUAAAAUUUCUAUUACUCGUCGGUCUGUUCUUCGUCGUCACUGACGUCAUCGCCCAGGAAAGUGUGAAACAAUUGCAAAAAUCGACCAGACAAGAAUCCCCCUGGGCUUGGGCGUGCCGAAAUGGUAGAGGUUGCGUAAAAGUAGCAAAGGAUUCGCCCGUGGAAGAAGGCGAUAAUCUGGACAACCCAACAUUGGCAGGUUGCAAGUUAACUUGCAACGCUGAAUCCACCCUGUGGCCCAAACCUCGCAGCAUCAUCUCCCUUUCAAAAACUCUCGUGUCCUUCCAUCCAACGGACAUCCGCAUUAGUCGCAUUUCAGCUCCGACUCCUAAGGUCAAAUCCUUGACGAAUGAGGCCAUUCAAGUACUGCGGAGUGUCAUCCGCAAGAGCAUUCCCAAUACGCAAAGAGGUCGCAAUCAAACUGCAAAAGAGCCACAACGACCCCAUAUCAAUAUCCAAGUAUCCAUCGUGUCGGGUGAUGAACGUCUCGAGAUGGCAACUGACGAAUCUUACAACUUGCACGUCGAAACGAUUUUCGCUACAGCCGCAACGCCCGCUAGUCCGCGCAGCACUACGUCCGUCUCCAUCACGGCCACUUCUUUCUUCGGCGCUCGCCACGGAAUUGAAACGUUGUCACAGAUUAUGGCCUGGGAUGAUACCUUGGGAGCGAUGAUUAUGCUGACCGAUGCCAACAUUUCAGAUUCGCCCGCCUUCGUUCACCGUGGACUUCUCGUCGAUACGUCACGUAAUUACUUGAGCGUUCCAGUCAUCAAGAAAAUUAUCGACGCCAUGUCUUACGAUAAACUCAACGUGUUCCAUUGGCAUCUUACGGACACGCAUUCUUUCCCUUUUGUAUCUACUCGGGAACCAAGGCUGUCCCUUUACGGCGCUUACUCUUCCGCCAAAGUGUACCGACCUGAAGAUAUUAAAGAAUUGGUUCAUUACGCCACCGUUAGAGGCGUCAAAAUCGUGCCAGAAUUCGACGCUCCAGCUCACGUUGGAAGCGGAUGGGAAUGGGGCGAACGUGCUGGAAUGGGUCAGUUAGCACUUUGCGUCAACAAGGAGCCAUGGACAACAUACUGCGUGGAACCGCCAUGCGGAAUCCUAAAUCCCGUUAACGACAACAUCUAUUCCGUAUUAAGCAAUAUCUAUCAGGACAUGCGAGACUUGUUCGUCAGCGACAUUUUCCACAUGGGUGGCGAUGAAGUCAAUUUCGCUUGCUGGAACGAAACGGCUGAAAUUAUCGAUUGGCUAAAAACGCAAGGACGGACAGACAAAAGCAAAGAAGAUUUCCUCUAUUUAUGGACCUAUUUUCAAAACCGAUCGUUAGCCGAGGUGGACAAAGCUUACGACAAUAAACAACCCAUCGUUUUGUGGACCAGCGGUUUGACAGAGGAUGGACAUGCUGACAAAUAUCUGGACAAGAGUCGAUACAUCAUUCAAAUUUGGACAACUGGCACGGACGAAAGCAUCGCCCAACUUUACCGUCAAGGUUUCAAGUUGAUUAUGUCAAAUUACGACGCAUGGUACUUUGAUUGCGGAUAUGGACAAUGGGUUGGUGAUGGACCAAACAACUGGUGUUCACCAUACAUCGGCUGGCAAAAGGUCUACGAAAACAGCCCCAGUAAACUAAUCGUCAAUUUCAAUGAGACGUACAACCCGAGACAGAUAUUAGGUGGUGAAGCCGCUAUUUGGUCCGAACAGGUUGACAGCACGACUAUCGAAGGGAAACUGUGGCCUCGCAGUUCAGCUUUAGCAGAGAGGCUAUGGACCGAUCCAGACACAACAUGGAGAGCUGCCGAACAUCGUUUCAAUCAUCACCGUGAACGAUUAGUACAGCGUGGAAUACAAGCAGAUGCCCUUCAGCCAGAGUGGUGUCACCAGAAUGACGGCUAUUGCUUCCUUGAAUCGAAUUAGACAACAAGUAUCCAGAAUCAACAAAAGUGUUCAAGGUGAUCGAACCCUCGUGUUCUCGAAAUGUCACCUUGACAAUGUCUGCUGGUUGCUAUAGAGAUCGAUCACCGAAAUAUAACAAAUUAACUGUCACAA